CGCAUCGCUGGUCACAUUGGGUUUCGUAUUCCUAGUCACUGCCACAUUAUUGAUAGUACAAAGAACUACAAAACAGCUACAGAUUGUGCCUCUGUGUAUUCCUGCUUAAUUGGAAGAGCAAUUCACAUCAGAUAUAGACUAUAUAGGAAUCGGACAUCAAACAAUAUUUGGAUUUACAAUAGCCAGUCAUCUGCUGACAUCAUGUUGAGGAAGCUUUGUAUUUUUCUGUUUUUUAUUUUAUGCAUCGCUUUUCUCAUAUACAGUUUACUAACGGUGGUAUUUGUACAUGAGUCAGCCAGACAAACGAUUCCAAUCCCGAAGGUACAGUUUGGAACUGUUGGAAUGAUAAGUGCUAAAGAAACAACGUUUUUUCUAAAAAAUGCCCAGCAGCCUGUCAUAGUUGGCGACUAUUUUAGUGUAAUUAUCGAAGCCCGUAGUAGCAUGGGCCAACAUAGUAAAAGAGGAGGCGAUUUCUGGUUUGGAGCAAUUAGAAGUCGCAAAGGUAAUGCGGCAGGAAAGAUAAUCGACUUCAAGAAUGGAACUUACGAAGUAAUAUUUUUUGCUGGAUGGACUGGUAAAGCCACAAUUGAAAUUAUAUUGGUACAUCCAUCAGAAACUACUAAUUUUAUUGAAGAAAAACUUUGGCCCAUGAAAGAUAGAAUAAUCUGGAGUGGAACAUUUUCUGCUAAUAAACAAUAUGAGACUAAAACAUGUAGAUUUGGAAAGCAGUCCGAGCAUCUUAAUCAAUGCGUGCAUAGCUAUCCAUUAGCGUUGGGACAAACUGUGUUUCUUUGUGACAAACCAAAAAGGCUGUCAUGUAACACACUAAUUUCACUCAAAUCCGUUGCUAAUCAUGUCGAAAAAAAAUUUUCGGAGUUGUUAUCUAAAAAUAAUGCUCUCUUUAACAAGGUAUACCCCUCCACUACGCCCCUGAGACUUAGUAUUAUUGUCUAUUUUUUAACAGGGUCGCCUUCAGAUGUUGCGAAUGAACUGAUGUUACCUGAUUGCAAAGCAGAUUUACCAACUCCACCCAGUGAUGGGUUUUGGAUAAAAAGCAUUUGGACUUCCCUACAAUGUAAAUCAAAGCAAUGGUCGAAGGAAGAGAUUAAGCAGUGCCUGAAGGGAAAGCAUGUCUACUUCAUGGGGGAUUCGACGACAAGACAGUGGAAUGCAGGCCUAUUAGCACUUCUCGGCCUCAGUAGUAGUAGUUUUACCAAAAGUCCUAAUGCAAAAUUAACAUAUCACAAUAGUGAUGUACUUAAUUUGACUUAUUAUUUCUAUCCAUAUACAAUAAGUAGUAAAAGCUGUCCUUAUCGCAUUGGAAGAUGGGAGUAUGAAGUCAUGGACAACCUCAGUUCCAGCACUUGUAAUUACAUAAUUGUUACUAGUCCUUGGGCUGAUUACAGUCAAUGGGUGAAGGAAAAUUACAUUGAAAGACUAUAUCUCUUACGGGACACAAUUUUGAGAUUAAGGGAGCGUUGUCCUAAUACAAUGUUUGUCGUCAAAACUCCAAAACCUCGAAAUCACAACACUGUCACUUCGCUUCUAUAUGCUGGUGACAGAUUGCUUUAUGAUAUCCGAGAGUUUUUCUUGAAGAUAUUUUCCGGUUUAGGCAUACAUAUUAUCGACGUAUGGGAUAUGAAUUUAGCAUAUCCACUUCCUAAUAACGUACACAUGCCGAUGGAAGUCAUUUAUCAAGAACUGCAGAUGUUUUUAUCCCACGUUUGUAAAUCUUAAUAAUAUGCGAUCAUGAGUAAGAGAAAUUUAUGUUAUGUUUUAAAAUGUAUACGUCGAUAUAUUUUCAUUUGUUUUAACUUUAGUGUAGCUAUAAAUUAGACACAAGCACUGCACAACUCUUCGAGAUACGAAGAUGAUUUAUUUAUUAGGGGUUAUUAGGUAGGCCUAAACUCAUUGUAGACACUUGUUAAAUAGCUUAAAAUGUAUCGUAACCUAUGGAAAGCCAAAUCCGCCAAAAAUACAUUAGCCAACCCAUACAAGCUAAACCCAAACCAUCCAAUACAAAAUCAAACGUAAGUUGAACAAACCAUUCAAAGGAAAACCAUCUCAUCUAACCAAAACCAAAGCAUUCAUUCAAAAACGAAUUCAUCUAUUAUAAAGCAAAAAUAUUCAUCCCAAAUCCAAAUGUAUGUUGUCCAAAUCAUUUAAUUCAAAAACAAGUCACGCAAUGAAACACUAAAUCAUCCAAGCAGAAAGAAAAUCAUCUAAUCAAAAGCUAAACCACUCAGUUUAAAAUCAAAACAUUUAUGCAUAAUCGAACAAACGUUUUUUAAGCAAUCUAAUAAAAUGUCAAUGAAUACUUUAGUGUUCGAACAUGGAUUAAAAUGAUCCACUGUAGUGAUAAAUAAACCACAGCGAAGUAAACUGA